AUGACUUGGUAUGUUUUUUGCCGAUUGUGUUUCUAUAUGCUUCAGAUAUUGGCAUUCCACGACAUAAACCCUGUAGCUCCUGUACAUAUUUUGGUUAUUCCUAAGAAGCGUAGUGGUUUAUCUCGUCUGAGCCGUGCCACUGACGAGCAUGCCCAUAUUCUAGGACACAUGAUGGUGAAGGUGGCACAGAUCGUGCGUGAGAACAACAUUGGUGACUUCAGGCUUGUAGUGAACAACGGCCCCCAAGGGGGCCAAGAGGUUUACCACCUACACCUACAUAUCAUUGGCGGCCGUCCGAUGGGUUGGCCACCAGGAUGA